UCGUGUUGACGGCUGCUAAACUCCACGAACUACGGUGGUACACACAUCGUCCGUCUUUUUCCUUGUAUUAAUUUAUUAAGGUUUUAGCGCUUCUCAGAAGUUGACAGUCGCGGCGAUGCAGUCUGAAUCGGGAAUAGUUCCAGACUUCGAGGCUGGGGAGGACCUCCAGGACGAGCCGAAAACAUACUACGAGUUGAAGAGUCAGCCCCUGAAAAACAGCAGCCCGUCGAACCAGCACGGCGCCUCCAAGCCCCCGUUGAGCUCCUCGGCCAUGACAUCACGCAUCCUGCUGCGGCAACAGCUAAUGCGGGAGCAGCUCCAGGAGCAGGAGCGGCGAGAGCAGCAGAGACAACAGUCCUCCCACUACCCACAAACCACAGCGACCCAGACCCCCGCUAUCAAUGUCAGUGUCCCUGUCAGUGUACCAGCUGGAGCACAGGUGCCAAUGGAGGUGCUUAAGGUUCAGACCCAUUUGGAAAAUCCAACCAAGUACCACAUCCAGCGCUCGCAGCAGCAGCAGGUGAAGCGGUACCUGGGAAAGCUUGGUUCCCAGGCGUUGAGCUUGCCCUGCCCCAACCAGUCCUCUGACCACGGGGGCAUGCCGCCAGGGCCGGGCAACAGCGCCCCCAACAGCCCUAUGGCCUUACUGACCCUCAACUCCAACUGCGAGAAAGAGAUGGAUGAUGUCAUUGACGACAUUAUUAGUCUGGAGUCCAGUUACAGUGAUGAGAUCCUCGGCUUGAUGGAUCCUGGACUGCAAAUGGCAAACACGAUCCCUGUACCUGCUAACCUCAUGGACAUGUAUGGUAAUCAGGGCAUGCCUCAGCAGGGCCUGCCCAUCAGUAACUCCUGCCCUGCCAAUCUUUCCAACAUCAAAAGGGAAUACUCAGUGUCUCAAUCCCCGGCCAUUAUGCACAUGCUGGACAAGUCUGGAUCCUGUGGAAAAUUUGACACCUAUCAAAGGCCAGAAGGAUUCCCUGUGGAAGCUGAGGUAAGAGCCCUGGCAAAAGAGAGGCAGAAGAAAGACAACCAUAAUUUGAUUGAACGAAGACGACGAUUUAACAUCAAUGAUCGUAUCAAGGAGUUGGGAACUUUGAUUCCAAAAUCCAAUGACCCAGACAUGCGCUGGAACAAAGGCACCAUCCUGAAGGCAUCAGUGGAUUACAUCCGAAAGCUGCAGCGUGAACAGCAGAGGGCCAAGGAGCUGGAGAACCGCCAGAAAAAACUUGAGCACGCCAACCGACAUUUGAUGCUCAGAAUACAGGAGUUGGAGAUGCAGGCUCGGGCUCACGGUCUGGCCAUCACAUCCUCAGCACUCUGCUCUGCCGAAGUUGGGGUGCGGCCCAUUAAGCAGGAGCCCGCUCUGGAGGACUGUCAACAAGACCUGUACGCGCUCCACCCUCAUCACCAACACCACCCCGCCUGCACUCCGGAGCAACCCAGCACGCUGGAGCUGACCGACGGUCACUCCAACUUCCCAGAGGGCCACUACAGCAGCGUUCACGGCAAAGCAGGAUCCAAACUGAAUGACAUCCUCAUGGAAGACAACUUAUCACCUGUCAGAGGUGGGGACCCUUUGCUUUCUUCCGUCUCCCCAGACACUUCAAAGGACAGCAGUCGCAAGAGCAGCGUCAGCAUGGAUGAGAAUGAAGAAGGCUGUUAGCGCACCCUAGUGGUAGAUACCUUUUCUGUAUCUUUAAUCUCUCCAUCUUGCCAGAACACAAGAGGCUAACACAGUUGCUGUUAUUCUUUUUUUUGUUUUUUUACCUUUCUUUUCAUUUUUAUUUAUGUUUACAUGUUGUAUCGCCUUCAUUUCCUUCUUUUUUCCCCUAUUGUAUGUCUUUCUAAGCUUUCAACCUUGAAUACUGAUUUCAAAGUAUUUUCUUUAAUCAAUGCUUUGGUGACAAUGAGUUACAAAAAUUAGAUGUUUUUAUAUUUACAAACUAUACAGUUAUCUUUCGAUAGAGAUUAGAUUGUGUGUUUGUUUUUUUUCUAUCAAUUCCAAAGAAUCUAGGGAAACUAUAAAUCACAGUCAGAGGUGUAGAUAUUUGUGGUGAGGUAAAAACUGCUUUGAAAAUCAGUAGCAAUAAUAGAAAGAAGGAUAUUUAUUACUAUAGUGCUUUACACUCCUUGUGUCUUAGAUUGAACUUGAAUGUGCCGAUGCCUUAUUAAAAAGUUUGUGCAUUAUUGUUGUAUUGCUAUGCAUACAUUAGCUGAUUCUCUGUCGGUCUUCCCGGUGAAAUUACUUGCUUGAUAAAUAUUACACGUUUGUUGAUUUUAUCCUAUUUAUGAGUCUUUAUAGAGAUAAUUUUAUCUAAACAUUCCCCUGAAAAGUGUAUUUAUUUAAAAAGGACAGAGAGAAGCUGAAAUAAUAUUUAAAAAUAUCUCCCCAAAAUCUCCUUAAAGAUUUUUAAAAUACACAAAUUCAACACUUUUACUUAGCAUUAUGAGAAAACAUCAAACUACAAAGAGACUAAAGUUUCAGCAUAAUGCCUUUUAACUACAAAGUGCUCUUUAUUUUGAUACGCUGAAAUAGAUAAAUUACCAAUAUAUUCUUCACUGCCAAAACCACAAAAAUACUAAAUAAUUCAGUGAUUCUUGAGAAGAGGGAGAAAAUGGGUUUAAAUCCCCCCCACCCCCCAAAUUAAAAAAAUGAUUCCUCAAGCUUAUGUAUUCAAAUAUGACAAAUAAUGUUUUGGAAAUGUAAAGAUACUAAGGUGCAGGCUCCCAGUUGCAACAUUGUUUUGAAAAUUAAAUGUUUAAUGGACCUGACCCAGAACUUUGUCAACCCCAUCAGACAAAAAUAAUUAUACAAUUAUUUUUUAAUAACCCUAUGAGUGAUAUUUUUACUCAGCUUUACAGACAAAUGCUUCUAAAGAAACAAAAUAAAUAUUAUUUAAAACAAAAAACAACAUAAAGUCCAUCUGACGGAGUUGACACAGAACUGAAGGUGGUGACGAACUAGUCAGUGAAAAGAAAUGCUUGAUAUAUGUGAAGUUAUGCCAUUGAUGUGAAAUACAUUAAAAUGAAUUAACUACACAUUUGAGUGAGAUUUGUCCACACUAUCACUGAAAGAGUCACACUGGGUUAAAAACUCUGAUGGAGCCGACAAAAUGCCAAACUACCUCAAUUUAUGUGACAUUAUUCUGAAGGGCUGAAGUCUAUAUGACAGACCACAGCUCAUCAGGGCCAUUGAGUCUUUACAGUUUACCAAAAUUAAGCAUUUAUUUCAGAAUAUUUCAGCAAAAUUUUGUAAAUUGAUAGUUACGGUGUUGACACAUCAGGGUUGUGACGAACAACUUCGGCAUAAAAUGGAAGAAAGAACAAAAGAAUAACAUAAGCCCAUCAAAGAUGCCGAGCCCUCUUAGCAAAGGAAGAGAAAGGAAGAGGUCAUGAGGUCCUUAGACGCUCUGAUGCCCCCCAAUAAUGCCUGCUUUUUUUUUUUUUACAUUAUUUUCAUGUCUGAUGGCAUUGACAAAAACUUGGGACACAUUUUAAUUGAGUUGGAAAAUAAAUACAAAUGAUUUUUAAUUGAGUUUGUUGAUACAUUUAUAAUUAUUUAUUUGAAUACUUAUAUGUAAUUGUCAUAAUAAAAAAAAUGUUUUUGGUACAUUUGAUGCAAAUUUUGUGGUUAAUCCACAGACCUGUUUUGUCCCUCUUCUGAAAAAUCACUGAACUAACAAAGUUUCAAAAAUUGUCUCGAAAUAUGAGAGUGAGUUUAUUUAAACAGUAAUAAGACACACAGGAUCGUUGGAGAUCUUAGCACACAGUAAUGAAACACUGCAGAGGUAUUGCUCUCUAUCCUCAGAUUUUUUAUAUGUCGUAUUUCAGUAACAUUUUACAUUCAGGGCGCUUUUUUGUUUGUUUGUUUUUUAUCAGCAUGAAAAAUGUUUAAUGCUGAGGAGAAUAAGGAGACUGAUUUUGUCUGAAAUGCAUAAAAUUGUCCAAACACUGGAUUAAAACUGAAAUGUAGCUUGUUAGGCUUUGUGCAGAAACGUACAAUGUUUUACUUGAGAGUUGAGUAACCGAAGUACACAUGUGCUGUAUAUUUCUGCAGUUUGCAAACGUUGUUACUGAAUAACCUUGUGCCAUUACUGAUAUCUCUAACACAGCACAGUCUUCGUUUUGUCAAACUAUGCAAUGUUUGAAGUUGUGCCUGUGAUGCAUCAUGUCUUGAAGUUGUCAUUUACGUAUGAAGUAGCCUUAGACAGUAAUAAUUCAAUUUCUAUUUCAUUUAAGUGCCUUCUGUUACCUUGGUGAUAUACGAGGAAUCAUGCAAUAUUUUGAGACUGAUUAUGCUGGUAUUUGGUGCUUUAUAGACUAAGAGAUAAGUUUUCCAAUCCCUUCCAAAAGUGACAGGAAAUGACUUUUGGUCAGUGUGAGAAAACAAACUACAUCUCUUAAACUCAACAACCACUAGAAAUUAUUUGCUACACACUUCAAAGUGUUCAGUAUGCAAUGAAACCCAAAACAUUUCAUUAAAUUAGUAAGUCCAUAUUUUAAAUAUGGAUUUUUACAAGUAGAAAUUACAAAGUACUUCACAAAGAGUGUGAAUAGCAAAACAUGUUUAAAUUCAAACAUGAUUAAAAAGACAAAGAUGUAAUUAAAUUAGCAUAUAUGACAGACUGCAAUGUAUUUUUACAGUAAGUAUUUAGCUCUUAGAUGCAGAAAAUGUAUUUUUUAGGGUCACAAACUCUCAAGCUUUACUUUUAUUUCUGAAAAGAUAACUGGCUUGUCCCUGUGAGCUAGACCAGGGGUACUGACUCGCACAGAUUAACGUUUACGACAACUAGCCUCCAAAAGCUAAAUUUAGACAACAGUGCCUCUGUGUAAACAAGAUGAAAAUGAUGAGGAAUAAAGUGGAAAAAUAUUCCUACAUAAAAAUAUCUAAUAGUUUUGUGGUUGAAAAGCUACGUUUAAAAAAGUUUUCAAUUUAACGGCCAAUCAAAGCAUGCAGACAUAUGCAGAAGUCAUUUUGAAUUUUCCUUUUCUUGGUUAAAUAAAGACAAGAACUGGCCAACCUGAAAUAGCUUUAAAAAUAUGUCUACUAACAAAAGUUUUUGGAAGGACACAAGAAACAGAGGAAUUAAUUUGCAGAUUAGAAACAGAAACCACCACUGUCUCCAGCUAAUACAAAAUAAGUAUUUAUUGAAAUAAAAAGGUUCAUUGUGGAAAUUUUGUGUGAAAGUAACAAAUAGCUUAUGGGAUGGAAUCAUGGCCUCUUUACUUUGACUUCCACUUUAUGACUUUACUGCCACUAACAGGUGAACAUUUCUGGAUUCCGGAAAGAACUCCUUGAAAACUCCUCAAGCCCAAAGACCUGAAGGUUGGAAAAUAUCGACCUUCGUCAUUUGAGUCUAUCCCCCAAUCUGAAUUGUGACCAAAUACCUUUCAAAUUGAAAAGACCAUUUUUAUACUGUCCUUUUUACUCCCAAUUAUAAAAUGUUAACAUUUAGUUAAAAAUACUGUAGGCUGGUUUUAGCAUUAGCUUGGGAAAAAAAAUGGCAACAUAAUUGAACCACUGUUUGUUGUUGUCUUUAAAUACAGCAAACAUAUGUAUUUAUUACUGAACACUUUUAAGCUUCAGAUAUUGCUGUUGUACUGUGUGUUCUUAGAAUAACACUGAACAUUUAAAAUCUUUCUGACUGUAGCAUGAAUGUAGUUGAGCAAUUGUGCCAACAAUGACAGAUGCAGUAUAUUUAUACAAACUAUAGGUUUUGAGCUGCUGAUGGUGUCUCUCAUAACCUUUUGCCAGAAACAGGAGCUGUAAUGCUAGUCUGUAAAAUACAGUUUUGGUGAACAUUGUUUGUUGAGCAGUAUGAAAGACGUGGUGCCAAGAGUAACUUUUUUUUAUUAUAUAUAUUUUGUCGCAUUUUACCAUGUGUCACACAGUGUUACAAUCUACUGAGUACACUCUGUACCAACUCAUUGAAAGCCAGUAAAAAAGCUUGUAUGUGACCGUUGUGUCACUGCAGAUGGACCCUUAUGAUUGUAAGAUUUAGGGUAAUAAGAAUAAUACACAACCUUUCAAUCAAGAGCAGGUAGCUCUUGGUUUAAAGGUUGCCUGUUGCACUUCAAUAUACUGUGGUGUGUUUUAAAUCCACUAAUGAAGAAUCAUUUUAUCUCGGCACUUGAGUGUCUGAACAAGUUUAUUCCUGUGGUUCAUAAAGUGUUCUACUACUGUUUUCAUUGUCACAGUUAUUAAGAGAUAAGUGUUGCAAUACUUACUGCGCCCACUGAUUUGUUAACUCACGCUCAUUGGUACUCGAUGUUAAACUACUCUGUUAGAAAUAUUAAAAGAUUUAUUUGAACCUUU